AUGGCCGACUUAAGCCAAGAGGAACUCAGACUCUUCGCCACGGAGGUGAAUGGCGAGACGGCCCGAGAAUGCCUGAGAGAAGACGUCAAGCUUGCGGCGGAUCUAGGAAAAUCAGGUUAUAUCUACGAAAGCGCGGACUCGGUUCUCAAUUACUACAGAGCUCGCUACUUCAGACAGAAUCGCACUGUGAUUAAGCUGUUGCUUAUCGAUGGAGGCAGAGCUGCCUGCUCUCUGGAGCCCUCCUGGCUGCAAGAUAACGGUAGCACUACGAUUCUCUUGCGGCAACGCAAAGUCUGUGUCAUUGACUUGGACGAGAAUUGCCUUAUCAAACGGAUCGAGUAUCGAGACACAAGUGAACGUAUCAGUGCCACAAAGGGCGGUCACGAGGAAAUGAAAAAUGGUGCAGCGGAUUCUGAAGAGGAUGCCGUGGUCAUGAUGGAGCAUUUCGAAUAUCAAUUCUGA